UUUAUUCGGACAUUUGAAACAUUUCCGUUCUUUUCACAACAAACAGAAAAAUCUGCAAUCUUAUCUUAGUUUGAUGUUUAUCGCUGCGAAUUUUUAGCGCGCCGCGCUAACCAGCCUGUGUGUACUUCCACUUAUCGCACAUAAAAAUAAGAAUAAACAAUAAGUGCGUUAUUUUCGCAACUCGCUCCGCCAAAAAUUAAGAAAUCAUCGAUAAUUCAGCGUCGGCGCUCGAAACUCUCUGUGCAUUUGCCUGUACUCGGUGUGUAACCUCCCAGCAAAGCAAUAUCAAAGUUCAAUAAGAUAGUCCCUAUCAACGUAAUCAAGGCCACUGCCAUUACUCAAAUCUGACUACCAAAUCAGUAUCGUUACCACAUAAUGACAACGCACUCAAUUCAAUAAAAUGGGCAUCAACAUCAACAUCGACCAACCCCGCUACGACCAGGAGACCUACUCGGGCCGAGCCAGGCACUUCUUCCUCACCACCAACCCCCUCAACAUCUUCGUGAGCAAUGCCCAGCUGGAGGACGCCAAGAACCUCGUCACCUGCUACAGGAACAAGCAGCCCCUCCCCCCCGGCAUCACCGAGGAGGACCUCUGGCGCGCCAAAACCAUCUACGACUCGGCCUUCCACCCCGACACCGGCGAGAAGAUGAACAUCAUCGGGCGGAUGUCGGCCCAAGUCCCCAUGAACAUGCUGAUCACCGGCGGGAUGAUGGCGUUCUACAAAUCCACCCCGGCCGUCAUCUUCUGGCAGUGGCUGAAUCAGUCUUUCAACGCUCUAGUCAAUUACACCAACCGAAGCGGCGACGCCACCUUCACCGAGAAACAAAUCGUGACCUCCUAUGUCAUGGCCACCGGGGGCGCAGUGGCCACGGCCCUCAGCCUGAACCGAAUAUGUCGAAGCGCGCCGCCGCUGCUGGGCCGCCUGGUGCCGCUGGCGGCCGUGGCCGCCGCCAACUGCAUCAACAUCCCGCUCAUGAGGUCGCAGGAGCUGCAAGAGGGGACGCCGGUCUACGACCAGAACAACAACAAACUGGGGUAUUCGAAGAAAGCGGCGCAGUCCGGCAUCGGCCAGGUGAUCUUCAGCAGGGUCUGCAUGGCCACGCCUGGAAUGUUCCUGACUCCGAUCCUGAUGAACUAUUUGGAGAAGAGGGGGGCGCUGAAGAGGCGGCCCUGGAUCAAUUUGCCCGUUCAGGUGGGCUUUGUUGGGCUGUGUCUGACGUUUGCGACGCCGCUGGCGUGCGCCUUCUUCAAGCAGAAGGCGCAGUUUGAGUACAGGAAGCUGGAACCGGAGCUGAGGGAACAAAUCGAGAAGAAGUACCAAAGUCCACCGAAAUACGUAUUUUAUAAUAAGGGUCUGUAAUAAGCGAAUCGGCGCCAAUAAUAAUUACAUGUGAAAUAAAAAAGUAGUCAUUUGUUAUGUCCCGUGACAAUAAAGGAUUUAUUUUA